CACGAUACAGAGGGCAAGCCGUGUCGAAGAAAAGGGUCUUGCAAAAAGAAGGGCCAUCGAACCGGUCGAUCGUAUGGAUUGUGAAGCCAGCCUGGAGAUGAGUAGUCAAGGAAAACAAGAAGCAAGAGUUAGGCCGCGCACCAUUCUAACAUGAUGGAGAAAAUAGACCACAACCAGAAGAAGCCGGGUGAAUGGCAUCGACAUGGGAAACCGGCUCAAUGGGUGACCUUCUGGGACGGUCCUGGGCUCUUCAUGUUCGGCGAUCAUACACACGCGUGCGGCAAGGAAAGCGCCCGGGGCAUGUAGUCGCGGCUCGAGUUCGCCAAUUAGGUCCGCAAUCGGUGUUUGAGGAUGUGGUGCAUCAUGUCCGUCCGCGCGCCCACGGACGGGACACGGCGGGAUCCCGAUCCCGUUCACUGGCUGCGCCGCCACGUUGUCGUUGGAAUGGCGUGCCGUGGCGUCGAGCCAAAGCAAUCUUGGCUGAUGCCAUGCCGUGACACCUCACUCUCCGCUUACCCAGAACAGCUCGGCAGUUUGCGUCGCACAACGGACUCCCAAACCUAUCUCAAACCACAUGGGAUAGCGAAAGGUACAGAGCCGGUCGUGUUGUCAUGUUGUCAUCCCACAAGGUUACCGGCGCCGAGUAGUUAUGCAUGUUUUUGGGCCACCGGGCUUGUCGUCGUCAGUUGCUGGUUCAUCUCCACAGUCGAGUUAGAUGAGAACAUCUGGGCGAAAUUGGCUAGUGUCAUUUGCCUAGGUAACGGAAUUGAGCUCUGCCCGUGGACUUUUCAGAUGACGUUCGCUGCGAGCGAAUGCGCGACUUGAAUCGUGAACUGUGCCACAGCAGUAGAGGUGCACCUGUUGACAGAGGUAGUUGGGGGCGGUUGAGGUUUGUCCAACUCAACCUCGAAGGUGCUGCGAAGUGACAAGGAUGCCGCAGUGCAGAACCUGUACCCAUCAACUUCCAUUGAACCUGCCGGGCUACAGAACUGACUUGUGCCGCAUCUUGCGUGUUGGUGCCUUCCAUAUCCCUCGAAACUUGCUUUGUUGUUUUUCGCAUCAUCGUCCUCC